UGUUGCUGUAGCAGGAAGAGAACUGCGUUUAGCACCGAGUCGGUGUUCAUGUGCUAUGGAGAUGAGGAUCUAAAACAUGAAGUAUUACAGCAAGACUGUAGAAUGAAUGAAGAGAAUUUGAGUUAGUGACUAAACCGGUGUAAAAACGGCAGCGACAGAGCUAACCUGCUGCUUUCUACCCCGGAAGUUUGAUGGGCGCGUUUCAGUCCUCUGAUGCUUUCCACGAAUCGACACGAAUUUGCCAACUGUCUUUAGUUCAGGAGGCUACAGACACAAUGAGUUCCAAAUUCAGCUUAAUCAACUAUAACUCCCGAAAGCACAUCUCCAUCUCGAUACCCUCCUCCACAGAGGCGAUGUCCCCGCACAUCAAAUCCAUAGAGGAGCUCCGAGUUUUAGGGGUGAACCUGAGCGGUUUCAACACUCCCACACAGUUCUUCAUCUGUGUGACCGGAGUGUUUGUCUUUUACCUCAUCUAUGGCUACCUUCAGGAGCUGAUUUUCUCAGUAGAGGGUUUUAAACCCUUUGGCUGGUACCUUACACUGGUCCAGUUUGGGUUCUAUUCCAUGUUUGGCCUGGUAGAGCUGCAGCUUACUCAGGACAAGAGGAGGAGGAUCCCAGGGAAGACAUACAUGAUGAUAGCAUUUUUAACAGUCGGGACCAUGGGCCUCUCCAACACAUCGCUGGGAUACUUGAACUAUCCGACACAAGUCAUCUUUAAAUGCUGCAAACUCAUUCCAGUUAUGAUUGGAGGAGUUUUCAUUCAAGGAAAACGAUACAAUUUUGCAGACGUGAUAGCUGCACUGUGCAUGAGUCUUGGCCUCAUCUGGUUUACACUGGCUGACAGCAAAGUGGCCCCAAACUUCAAUGUGACAGGGGUUAUUCUCAUCUCAAUGGCGCUUUGUGCUGAUGCUGCUAUUGGAAAUGUGCAAGAAAAAGCUAUGAAGCUGCACAAUGGAUCAAACUCAGAAAUGGUCUUGUAUUCCUAUUCUAUUGGAUUUGUGUACAUCCUGCUAGGACUUCUGUGUAUGGGAGGGCUGGGACCUGCCGUGGCUUUCUGUGCUCAGCAUCCAGUGACCACAUAUGGCUAUGCAUUCUUUUUUUCUUUGACGGGGUACUUUGGCAUUUCCUUUGUUCUGGCUUUGAUAAAGCUUUUUGGAGCUCUGGUUGCAGUCACAGUGACUACAGGAAGGAAGGCCAUGACGAUUAUCUUGUCUUUUAUGUUCUUCUCAAAACCUUUCACUUUUCAGUAUGUAUGGGGAGGCCUACUGGUGGUCUUUGGAAUCUUCCUUAAUGUCUACAGCAAAAACAAGGAGAAAAUGAAACUUCCUCCACUGGCAGAGUUAUGGAAGCGGGUCCAAAGCAGCAGGAAAGGCAGACUCCUCUCUCAGAAUGUGUAAAUAACGGGCCUCUAACCAAACUUUAUGGGAUUCUUCACCCAGUCACGCCGGUGUUGUGGAAACUGUCAGACUUUAACAGAUUUAGUAAAUAUAUAACAACAUGAAUGCUGGCAAAGUUUGCCAGAUUUUUGCAUUGGACUGAAUUCUAAACUGAGUGGAGAGGACUCAAACUGUGCAGCAGCAGACUUGUUACGAAUCAUGUGCGAACUGGAUUUUGAAGAGAAGGAAUAAUUAUCGUUUGAUUUUCAACCUGCAUGUGCCACUAACUGAUGGCAUCUUUUCACAUUAAAUUCUGUCAUUUGUAUUCUUUUUUUUUUUUUAUCUGUGAUUGGACAAGGGAAAUACAAGUAACACUACUGUUUCUUUAGAAGGCUGAAGUUUUCGAGUGUAUGUCAACUGCCAUAUUUGCUAUCCAUUUGUUUGGUGAAAGGGUAGCUCUUUUUACAUUAAAAACAAACAGAGAUGUUUAUUCAAGCAA